CUGUCAAGCAGGCCUCACCAGACUUGUGAAAAGAGGCGGCCCGAGCGCCUCGGCCCACCAGUUCGACCGUCCAGCUCUACCAGGCCAGCCGGCGUCCAGUCCCAGAGAGCGUGCGAGGACCCCGCAGGAGCGCGAGCGACGACGGGGGUCACCGAGGCGUUCUGUCCUCACGCCGUCAAGAGGAUCUUCAUCGACUUUUUUUCAAGUGCGAUCAUGGACCAGCCGGCCAGCAGCUGCAUGAGGAGCGCCCACCCCAGCAGCCCCAUCUGGGGGUGCAUGAGGAACCCUCACUCGGGUGUCCCGGGCGCCAACUUGCAGUCGCCCUACCAGCAGGCCCCUUUCUCGCUGCACCAGAAGCCCGAGUUCCUGGCCUACACGGACUUCUCCGGCUCCUGCCUGGUGCCGCACGCCGCCGCGUACCCGCGCGAUGACAGACUCUACCCGGACAGCCAGGGUGGCUACCAGAGGCCCGACUGGCACUUCAACCCAUGCGAGACGCGGGGUCGGGCCCCCGAAGCCUGCCCGCCCGUGGUCGCCCCCGCCGCCGUGGGGGAGGGCGCAGGUGCGAGACCCGAGCUGGACAGUGCGGGGGCCGAGAGGCUUCCGGGCGCCUUGCCCGGGUGCCCCGAGGGGGAAUACUCUCCUCAGAGCGUGGCGUCGCCUGACUCCGACAAGAAGAGCGGCGGCAAGCGGAAGAGAGAUGUCACAGACACGCCAGAGUCGGUCUGCAAGGCGGACGCUAACUGCAAAGCCCGGAAGGAGCGCACGGCCUUCACCAAGGAGCAGUUGAGGGAGCUGGAGGCCGAGUUCACUCACCACAAUUACCUGACCAGGCUGCGCCGCUACGAGAUCGCCGUCAACCUGGACCUCACAGAGAGACAGGUGAAAGUCUGGUUCCAGAACCGGCGGAUGAAGUGGAAGCGCGUGAAAGGCGGCCAGUCGUCGUCGCCCAACGACCUGGAGAACGACGACAUGGACUCGGCCGCCUCGCCCAGCUCCGACUGAGAGGCGGGAGAAAGGGAAGGUGGGAGGAGAGCAGGAACGGGAGCCGGAACGCUGGUCAAGUCUCUCCUCUCUGCAAAGGAAUCCAACAAGUCCAAAGACUUUUUUUUUUUUUUAAUUUUUAUUUUAUUAUUAUUUUUUUUUUAUAAAGUGUUCCCAGGGAAAAGGAGACAGCAGAGUGUGUGCUUUUCCAAUGUACAUAGUUGAUUUAUGUCCAUUAUGAUCUCUGUUUUGUUUGUGAUCCAUCCAUCUUGAGUAUUGUGAGAGAGGCCUCCUGGAUGUGGAAGACUGGAUGUCCAAACCAUGUCAUCACCAUUUUUGUCAUGUGACAACA